AUUCUCUUUUUUUUUUCUGAUUUUCUAUUGACCGCUAUUAAUUAACGUUAUGAGCGGUACAGUAUUGGCAAUUGUUGCCAUUGCACUGUCAGUUCUGGUACUGGCUUGUACGUCCUAUGCCACGUUUAAAGUUCCAUUAUUCCGGACACGGGGCUUGGCUCUCAGUGCCUGUUUCUUUUCUGUCAUUGAAGCCGCAUUACUUUGUGCUUUAUGUGGAAAUGCAUACGCCAGCACUUCUUAUGUUCUUCAAGCCUCAGGCACAGUCGUGGGCUACUUAUCGACCUUGUUCACAUGGAUGGUUCUUUUCGACACCUUACUGCUGAAUAAGCAUGCCUCCAUGCAAAGUAAAUGGAUCCCAUAUUCGGCAUGGUUCGCCGCCAUGGUGGCCAUUGCUCUCGGAGGCAGUCGUGGUGGCAUGCAAGUAAAGGCACCCUACAGCAGCCGUUCGUCCUUCAUCGCAUUGAAUAUUACCGCCAUGUACUUUAUGUGGAUAUUUGUGAUCCUCUUUACUGCAGCCGCCAUACGUUGCCGUCGCGAUAUUGCCCAUUUUAGGUCGUUCGUCAUUUGUGGCGCUCUUCUCAGCUUAAAUCCAGUAUACCAAUUUGUCUUGACGCUCUGCAGUCUACCCAGCAACAACACAUUGUUAGAUCAUGUUUCCGUCCUGUUCGGUCUCACAUUCGUCUUUGGCAACGUCGGUCGAUAUGUGGCGUUAAUCAUCGCUUCCUGGUCUAGCCACCAUUGGCUCCGACCCCCGAGAACAUACACUGUUACCAAGGAGGAGGUAGAUGAUGGUAUCAUUGUAAAAGAAUACGAUUAAUCAUUACCACCAGUCAUCAAGAUGUGCCUUUUCGGACCUAUACUUCUAAAUAAUUUUUUGUAAUAUCCCUUUAUUGUAUUUUAUGCGAAAAAAAGCAAACCACCAUAACGUCUACUCAUACUUUUACAAAUAAAGCCUUUCUCUAUGACAUAUGAACUCGCUUAUGAUCAUUAUGUAUCCACAAUCGCAGGUG